GUUAACAAUGACAGACAUUUCGGAAAAAAGUGAAUACUAUAAAAAAAAGAGAAGGAAAUUUGCACUAAUCUCAUACCUUUUGACCGCAUUAUUUUUAAUCGUAGCGCUGUUGCAAUGGGUUCUUUUCCACAUUGUAGACGGUAUCAACGCGUUUUUUACAACUUACUACUGGGUAAGCUGCAUUUUUUUUGUGAUUGGUCUUGUACUUUUGGUUGUGUUUAUUUUCUUUGAGACAUUACGUUUUAAUAAAAUUGUAAACUGGCUGUUUGCGGUAUUAAUUUUUGAAUGUAUUGUGCUGGGUAUGGCACCACUGAUUGUUCGCCACUAUCGGUUUCAAUUCAUGUUUAGCUUUUUGAUUUGGACCAUAGUUUUGGCCAUCUUUAUUAUCUGCGGUUUUUGUUUACCGCUUGAUCUAACCUUGGAUGUGGUGGUGCUUUUUGUACUGGCUGUUGUGUCAAUUAUUGGAGCUAUUUACUUCGUGAUGCUUUACAUCGUAGCUAAUGUGCCAUAUUCCUUUCUAAUCGCGCGUGCUUUUAUUGUAAUCAGCAUCUUGAUGUUCGUCAUGUACCACGCUCAAAUUAUUAAUGGGGGAAGGUUUGCCGAGAUGCGCACAAAUGACUACUUUCUGGCUGCGAUUAUUCUGUUUUUAGACUUCUUACUGCUUUACCUCUUCUCGUUCCAAAUGGGUCCAAAAUGGUCGGACCCUUGUGACGACGAACAAUCGGUAAAUUUGGUGCUGUUUAAAGACACAACGAGGAAUAGUUCUUCGUCGUCUGAUUGGUCGUAUUCCACCAAUUACACGACCACUGAGGAAUACACCACUGAUUUCUAGGCCGUUACUUAACACUGUUACCAGUUGGCGCCAAACACCUUGCAGCUGCCAGCUGAUUUUAUUUCGCGUUCCCACCGGUGAAGAAACCUAAAUUGGCA